UACAAGUUUUUAAAUUUGGCGGCUGCGUCGUCGUUAGCAACACCGCCCACAACCGCAACCCCGGAAGAAAAUUCUAAACAGUUUGCGAUCACAUGGAGCAGUGGACAGAGAGGUUAGCCAAGCAUGGUGCCGCACUGACAGCGAGCCUCACCCGGAUAAGUGCACUGCUGGCGUCUAAAGGUUGCUGGACUCUCCUGACUGAUGGGUGUGAACAAAGACCGCUUGUCUGACUGUGGAACUCACAAUCUUCUCCAGCUGCAGCCAGGAGACGAUCACGAUGGACCCGUCCGACCAGAAGCACUUCACGGUUGUAGACUAUGUGAUAUUUGCCGUCUUGCUGGCCGCCUCCAUGGCCAUCGGACUCUACUACGCUCUGUCUGGAGGGCGUCAGCGAACCACACAGGAGUUCCUGAUGGCAGACAGGAGCAUGGGGUGCCUUCCAGUUUCCCUGUCGCUCAUCGCCUCCUUCCAGUCGGCCGUGGCGAUCAUCGGCGUCCCAGCGGAGAUCUACACUCACGGUACUCAGUACUGGUUCAUCGGGUGCGCCUACAUUCUGGGCCUCUUCAUUCCAGCUCAUGUUUUCAUUCCAGUGUUGUACAGACUUCGCAUCUCCAGCGCUUAUCAGUACCUUGAGCUGCGCUUCAGCAAAACAGUGCGCAUCUGUGGAACUUUGACCUUCAUCUUUCAAAUGGUUAUUUAUAUGGGAGUCUGUGUGUAUACUCCAGCUUUUGCACUAAACACAGUAACUGGAUUUGAAUUGUGGGGAACAGUGCUGGCCACUGGACUAGUGUGCACAUUGUACACAACACUGGGUGGUUUGAAGGCCGUCAUCUGGACAGACGUCUUUCAGACGGUUGUGAUGUUUGCAGGGCAGCUGGCUGUCAUUGUGGUGGGAGUUCUGAGGACGGGAGGAGUGUCUGAAGUGUGGAGGAAAGUCUGGGAGGGAAACCGCAUCGCUGGUCUCGACCUGAACCCAGAUCCUACAGAGAGACACACCUUCUGGACUCUGGGUGUUGGAGGGAUCUUCCUCAUGUUGUCGCUGUAUGGAGUGAACCAGGCUCAGGUCCAAAGAUACCUCAGCUCACGUACAGAGAAAGAAGCUGUAAGGUCCUGCUACAUGGUGUUUCCCUCCCUGCAGCUCGCUCUGGCUCUCAGCUGUGUGAUGGGUCUGGUCAUGUUCGCACGAUACUGUGGAGAAGAUCACUCAGACAAACUGGGAAGCUCCUCCAGGGAUGCAAUGGUGAUCUACUUUGUGAUGGACAUGCUGCAGGGUCUUCCCGGCCUGCCUGGACUGUUUGUGGCGUGUUUAUUCAGUGCAGCGCUCAGCACCAUCUCCUCUGCCUUCAACUCUUUGGCUACUGUGACCAUGGAGGAUCUCAUCAAACCACAUUUUCCUGCCAUGACAGAAGCCAGAGCAACUCUGCUGUCCAAAGCUUUAGCUAUGUCCUAUGGGCUGCUGUGUCUGGCCAUGGCCUAUCUCACUCACCUCAUGGGAGAUUCAGUUUUACAGGUGGCUUUGAAAAUCUUCGGGAUGGUUGGUGGUCCUAUUCUGGGCCUGUUUUGCCUCGGGAUGUUCUUCCCCUGGGCCAACUCCAUCGGAGCGGUGGCUGGUCUGGGUGCAGGUCUGACCGUAUCUUUCUGGAUCGGCGUCGGCAGCAUCGUCACUCGUACCUCUGGCGUGAAACCGCUGCCGCCCGACUGCCGAGUCGCUCUGCUGUCAAACGACACGACUGCCGCCAUUCAGACGGCUCUCAGCGACGUCGCUCUGAGCCGACCCUCCGGCCUGAAGAGGUUUUAUUCGCUGUCCUACAUGUGGUACAGCGGGUUCAACUGUUUCACAGUCAUUCUGGUUGGCCUGAUAAUCAGCUUUAUGACAGGCCCAAUGAAAGAAGAAGAUGUGACACCAGGAACGGUCUAUCCCUUGUUAGGGAAGCUGCUUUGUUUUCUACCUGAACACCUCAAAAAGAAGCUCUGCUGUGUGACUCCUCUGGGACAGACGCUCGCAGCUCCACAAAGGUCGUCGCCUCCACAUCACAAAGAAAGUAACGGACAGGUCGGAACGUCGCAGGAAGAGACGGAGAGUUUUCUUCCUGAAGCUCCUUUUGUUGAAUAUGAAACGGCAGUUUGACGCCCUUCACGUGAGGCUGGAAAUCGUCUCCACACGAAGCGCUCUCACUUAAAAUGUACGCAUUUUUUACUUUGGUGCUUUUUUUUGACGCACCAAAAGGUCAACGGUUAUGUUUCUUUUCUUCUUCUUUUUUUUUUUAUUCUACAUGUCGUCAAGAAAGGACUUGCAGCUGAGCCUGUUUUCCACAGAGAGACGACUGAUCAUAUUAUUUGUCGCUGACUUGCUUCAUUUCUCAUUACACAUGUGACUUUGCUGCACUAUUCUGCUCUAUGACAAUAACUGGAUGUCCGGUGAGCUUCUUAUGUUGCAGAAAGCUGCAACAGAAUCCAUCUUCUCAGGCUUCAAGCUCUGCACUUGUGGUUGAUCCACAGUUUAUCAGAAAAUCAGCGUCCUGUUCUGAACUACUGGGAGCUGAAGCGUGUUUUAGGUGUUGAGAUCUCCACCUAAUCACCUGCCAGGUAUUCUUCUGAUAAGGUCUUCCCUUUUCCAAACGGUUUACAAACACGACUUCUCUCAGUAAGAGUCUUGCAUGUCAGGUUAAUAAGCUUUACAGCCAGAAGAUCCUUAUUUUCUGUAUACUUGACUAUUGUUAGCACUACUGCAGCUGUGCCAGGAGUCCUGUGACGUGACAGCGCCUUACGUUUUAAGAAUGUCUGAGUGAACUUUGACUGUAAAAACCUUUUUCGAAAGGGGAUUAAAUAUUUUGUAGUUAAAGUUUUGCUAUGUUUUGUUGAUUUAUUUUCAUCAUCCACAGCUCAAAAUUACCUUAAAUCAUAGAAACUUAUUUUUCGAUCAGCUAACUAGUCUUAUUUAGUGCUAUUUAAUUAAAACCUGCAUUACAAACUCAACAUUUACAGAUGUAGGGUUUUACCAGGCAGGUAGAAUGUAAUAAAAGUACAUUUAUUCAAGCGCUGCACUGCAGGAAGAUAUAGUUCUGAGAUAUUUGUCCUUUGUGCUUUCAUUUUUUUUUUCUACUUUGCAUUUCUACUCAAUGAAAUAUUGUACUUUGUUGUGUUAUUUUGGCAGCUUUAGUUAACAGAAUAAACAUAUACUGUAAUACUAUGCAUUAUAGACAGUAUAGAAAUGUCAAUUAAUUAGUUCAACAGCCACCAGCUACAUUAAAAUGCUGCUUAAUGUUAAUGAAUCGGUAGUGAUCAUCAGAUUUUAACACUUUUACGCCUUGUUUUGCUUCUCUAAUGAACCCUUUGCUAGUAAUAUGUAACAUGCUUUCAGGUUGUCAGAGUGUAGCACAGUUUUUAAAACAUUGUUUUCACUUUAUUUUUGUUACUUUUUAAUACUGUAUCGCUGUUUUUACUGAAGUAAAACUUAUUUCUUAGAUCAUGAACCGAACUCACGACUAAAAGUAAUGAUAUUAUAGCUUUCUGCUGCUUUAGAGUUCUCUGUUGCACAGACACUAGAGGAAAUGUUGUAAAUUUGUGCUUUUACUGUUGAGAACAAAGUUGUUUUUUUGUACUUCUUCUUCUGACACCCAGAGCUAGUAAACAGGGCAGUUUUACUUCCUCUUAUGUCAUUAACAGCAUUUAAAAAAAAAAAAAGGUCAUAAGUCAUCAAUAAAUAUAUUUGAAAUACUCAGAUUUUAUUAAUUUAUGAGUCAAAAAUUUCAGUGUAACCAUAUUUUUUAAAAAAAUUACAGGUCUUUUUUUAUUAUCAUAAUAGAAACAAAUAACAUUCUGAGCUGAGGGCAUGCAUUUUACUUUUAUUUAUGCAGGUUUUAUUGUUAGGAUACUCAUUUAUUUAUCGAAGCAUUGAACUUUAAUUUAAAUCUUGAAAUCAGUAAGUUAAUUUCCUCAUCUUCUUGCUGAAGGUACAAGUUAAGCAACAGAACGGAUUAAAACAAGAUAAAGUUAAAAGCAGAUUAUACUGUGAUAAUGAUUUUAAUGGACCUGUACGAAUAAAAACAAAAAACAUUUAGGCUCCAAAAAAGUAAAUUAAUGCAGCAAUUUACUUCAGUCUUUGAGUUCAGACAACAUCUAAUGAAAUUCUAUUUAACCAACAAAUUGUACUAAGCAAUAAAUUGUAGAUUAAACAUGGAGAAAAAGUUAUUUGGUAAGAUUAAUUAAUUUACUACAUCUUGAAUUUGGUUUAAAAGCAAUUAAUGCUGAAAUUUAAGAUUGAAUUAGACACAAUAUUAAGCUGGUAUCAUUACCAACAUUAUUGUAUGCAACUUAGAAAGUUGAUCUAAAUCAAUAAAAUUUUAUGUUUAUCUUCUAACUAUGACUUUCAUAAAUUCCCCUGAAUUACUUUUUAAAGUUUAGGUAUGCGUGUAAAGUUUAAAGUGUGUUGUGAAGAUGUACUAGCAUUUAACUUGUCUUAAAUAAUCUAAUCAGACACCAGUUAUGUUGCAUAACUAUAAAUAAUGUUUAUAUCACUUUCAGUAUUUUAAGUCCAAAAGUCAAGGAUAAUGGUGAAUAUUUUCUCAGAUAUCUCCCUGAAUCUGAAAUGUAUUGAUGUUUUUAUGCAUGCAUUUGUUCAAUACUGUGCAACUUAUACAGAGCAGUUCCUCAUAAACAUAUUUUCACUAAACAUUUGGGUUUAUGUUUUGUCAGAUGACAAAUAUAAGCUCUUUUAUUGUGAGCAGUGAGCUCAUGAUGAAGUUUAACCAAAUGAAUGAGUCCGGCUGCAGAAAGCUUCUCUGUCCUCUGCUUCCAUCGAAACAACAGCUUUGUAACAAGGUCUGUCAUUCCAUAAAGGUCAAAUACAAAGCUGUAAAUCCCAAAAACUGGUCACUGAUUCACUGAUUCACUUCUACCUGCCUGUACAAUCUCUCACUGUAAAUGGAAAUGUGGAAAAGUAGAACAUGUCAUGGAAAUUGAUUUAGUCGCAAGAUGUUUGGAGGUUUUCCUGCUUGUUCAAGUCUUUGCUCAACAUUUCUGCAGGUUUUCAAUGUGUGCUUUGAUGAAGCUGCUGCAUAACUCUGUUUUUUCUUUAAAGAAAACAUUCUCAGGUGGAUUUGCUGGUCUGUUUUUUAUGCUGCUGAAAGGUUCAACUUUCGGGCAAAUGGUCUCAUUUGUUUUGAUGCAGAAUUCAUGUUUGAAUCAGUGACUUCGUUUUUGUUGUUGCUGGAUUUAAAUCAGUAAAAUAUUGUUAUUUUGCAGUUAUUUUUCCAUUAUUUGAAAUAAUUUUUAUAUAUAAAUUAAUAUAUAUUUUUAAUAAUAUUCACUUAUUUUGCAGAUGUUCCCUGUUUUGUUACAGACAAUAGUUUGUAUUUAUUCACAUAUUGGCUGUUAAAAAAUGUAAACAGUGUCCACAACAGAAUAAAGAAAUAGUCAUUCAUUCUUUUA